AUGGGCGCAUAUUCGCAUUCCAACGGCUCCGUCGAAGAAACAACCUCGUCCGCACGCUCGUUUUUUUCUCGCUUCGCCCUGCCGAUCCGCUCGCGUACGCGUAACCUCGCCGACUUCCACGUCCGCCCCGACGACCCCCACCGCCAGUACUCGGCUGGCGACCAUGUCCGCGGCGCCGUAGUCUUGACGGUCGUCAAGCCCGUCCGCAUCACUCACCUCACCGUCACGUUACACGGCUAUGUUCGCGUUCACAAGGGGCCGGCCGUCAGCGAGCCGCCCGUCGCGAACCCCGCCUUGUCCGGACGGACGUCGGCACAAUACCAUGGAAAUGGCUACGCCUCGCUCUUCCAGGACGAGCAGGUUCUCAGCGGCGAGGGGAGGUUGGAGGCUUCGAAAUAUGAAUUCAACUUUGAUUUAGUUUUCCCUGAAAAGGGUUUGCCAAGUAGUAUUGAUUUUGAACGAGGCACGAUUUCCUACAUGAUUACAGCGACACUUACGCGACCGACGUCAAUAUCUCCCACGACCUCUUGCGAUCGAAAAAUCCAGUUGGUGGAAAAAGUAGACAUUGGACCCCUCGCGCCGCCGCGUCCGCGGACGAUCUACCUCGAGCCGAUAUCUAAAAAGUCUAAACGAAAGAAAACGAGCGGCGAAAAGAACUCUCUGGCGGUGGACACGAUUGAUUAUGGCAAUGGCUCCGACAUGGAACAGCGCGAAGCCAUCACACCCGAUCCGGCAGCCUCGAACGACGAGUCCACGCACGAUCCACUUGAGCAACCGCGAAGUCCUACACACACUGAUAUACAGAGCGAAGUCAGCGGCGACAGUACUAUCAGCUCCAGCACGGGCAUCAGCCUGACGCGGGCCGAACCUCGUUUGGGCAGCACGUCCUUGACCAAUUCCAAGAUGCAGGCCGUGGACGAGAAGACGAUUACGGCUACAAUUGAAAUGUUGAGGGGCGGCGCUUUGCCCGGAGACACGGUUUCUGUCAAGGUGUCCGUUCAACACAUCAAGCGAAUAAAGAGCAUGCACGGUGUCAUCGUUACCAUGUAUCGCCAGGGCAGGGUCGACACAGCGCCGCCAGCCUCCAUGUUCGCCGACAUAAUGACGAAAGAAGAGACACGCAAGCUUGCAAAGGAGGAUUACUACCCGCGGUCGCGUACGGGCCUAGGUGGCCUUUCUCUAAGUUCAACUUCUUCGCUAAGCGUCUUUCGGAAGGAUCUGUCGCAGUCGGUGGCCCCUCUAAUUAUCGACCCGGUAACAUUAGAGACAACAGUAACAGCUUCGGUCAAGGUCCCCGAAGACGUUUUCCCGACAAUCAAGGGUGUGCCAGGGGAGAUGGUGAGCUUCAAGUACCAGGUUGAGGUUCUGGUCGAUCUGGGUGGAAGGCUCGCGAGCCAGCUUCAGGGCGGUGGUCAAUCAAGAGUGGCGCAAUUUGCGCCUGGAUCUGGCGCUCCAGACAGCAACACUGGGCUGAGUGCCUGGGGUGGCAACGUCAUAGACACCGACCGGCUGCGACGCGAAAAGGGUGUGAUUUCCGUGGUGUUCGAGGUUAUUCUGGGGACAACAGACAGUACGCGUUUGCGAGGGCGCAGCAACACGGUGCGAACGUACCAGCUGCACGAGGAAUCACUCAGCAGAGAAGAUGUCUCGAGUCCUUGGCCUGUCGACGACAUCUACGCUGAGGACGGCGAGGGUAACUGGCCAUUGGGGACCCCUCAGAGCACCGGCGCUUUGGGUCGACGACCAACAAUCACUAUCCAGCCGACAAGUCCGCCAGACGAGGAGGUACAGGCGCCAGCCUACAUCCCUCCUCCAGAAGUCACAGACGAGGCCAGAUUGACCGAUAAGGAGCGAGCACGACGUCAAGAAGAACGGCUUCUGCCUAGUCAGCCGCCUCAGUCUGCGGAAGCUGGCCCGUCUGGGCCAUCAGCGCCGCCGGGCCCCAACAUAUACGAUGCGGACGAUGAGCCCUCGCCAGAACCGCCGACGCCUCAGGAUCAGCACCGCGAGGAAGACCAACCUUCGGCACCGACACUGAAUGACCUGUCCACGGCACGUGAAGCGCGAACGGAGGAUAAACAGGAACUCGAGCGGCAACGGCUACUGAACGAGGCCAGCUCGCCGCCAGAAUUCCCAGACGACUACGAUGCCGGGCCAAGCGCGUCAGCGCCUCCGGCGGAUGCGGCCGAAGCACCAUCAGCGCCAGCACUCACGGACGAAGACGAGUACGGCGAGCAAUACAGCUACAGGACAGAAGGCGGUGCUGGACAGCCCAGUCACGCGUCGGGCUCGGAACCCUUGCCGAGGUACGAGCGAUGA